UUCCAGUUUCCAGAUUGUGUUAAUAUUAGAAUGUCAGAUGUUCCAUUAGAUGCUCCAUCUCCCUGCCCUGGUACACAAAGUGAUCUAGCCGGAAAAGCCUCAGCAUGUGAAGGUUGCCCUAAUCGAUCUUUGUGUUCAAGUGGACAAGCCAAACUUCCUCUUUCUCAACGUGAACCAGAUACGAUUUGCUCUAUAAAACGACGUCUUGGUUCGAUUCGCCACAGAAUUAUUAUUCUAUCUGGCAAGGGUGGAGUUGGGAAAAGUAGUCUUUCAGUUUGUCUAGCUAGGGGACUAAGCAGGCGUGAACGCAGUCAAGUGAAUGGUUGCAAUGAAACUUAUCGUAUUGGACUACUUGAUCUUGAUUUGUGCGGCCCUUCCAUUCCAUGUAUGUUCGGUUGCAUGGAUGAAAAGGUAUCCCUUGUUAUUGUGUGCUUGUCUAAUUAA